CGAAUCGCUUGGAAAAGGCUCGACCAUGGCGCAGUAGCGGGCUGUAUGGCUAUAGGUCGAGAUGCAUCCAGUCCAGCUGGAGAUGGGAGUGGAUGUCGGGAGAUGGGCCUACGGUGACGGCUAUAUUGGACUAUAUCUACGGUAGGCAGGAGGCAAAACUGAAGGUAGACGUAGAAGGGGGGAAAGAAGAAGAGACGAGGGCAAAUCAGGGCUUACAGAUGGCGAUUACGGAGGCAAAGGGCCGUGCUGAGAGAAGGUGCAGGCGGGAUGGAGUCACCGACGAAAUCAGGGUGACGGUCUCGUAUCUGGAAGCCGAGACUUCCACGGAUACCGUUGAGAGGGAGCAACGACAUUUCCACCGCGAUACGGAAGCAGAAAGCGAGGCAAGCGACUUAGAGGCCACGGCCCAGUCCUGGCAGGGACUGGAUCAGUGGCGACGGGACCACCCGCCCACUGAACUAGUGGAAAGUGGCCCAGAGGCCAACUCGAGACAACGGAGAGACCAGCACCGCCAGACUGAAAAGCGCGGGAGUCGACUCUCGGAAGAGAACAAGAACAAGGGCGUCGAGACUGGGACAAGGAGACACAGCGCGCCGCUGGCCCACGGAUUGUGCGCGCGAAACAAGCGGAUUGCGGACUGCUGUCUUGGCUACACACCCUGCGUGGCGCGACAGCUGAGGACAAGGUGGUCGCUGUCGGAAACUUCUUUGUGGACUGGCGAAAGGUCGAUCCAAGGCAGAGGCAGUUGUCAUCAUGCUGGAAAUCUGUUUUCUGCUAAGCCCCUCAGUCCUGUGAUGGCCAAGGCGUCGUCAGCAGGUGCCACUGCAUCAUCCGUCGAAACUCAACAGAGCAAGUCUUUUGAUCUUUCAGCUUCUGUGCCCAUCAUGGUGAACGAUGUCUCAGGAAAGAUGGGGAAUGCUGUGGCUACCGCAGCACUUGCGAGGGGCUUGCAGCUUGUACCAUUCGCAAUUACAGGCCCUAAGCUGGGGGGGCGUCAUGUUAUCGUCGGAGACGUUGAUGUGGAGGUGAUUGGUGCCGAGGACAGACUAUCAGUCAUGGACAAAGUGCAAGAGCAAUACCCCAAUCUGAUUGUUGUUGACUAUACGCUUCCGGCAGCUGUUAACAGCAAUGCAGAGUUCUAUGUGAGCAGGGGCCUCCCUUUCGUGAUGGGCACAACCGGCGGGGAUCGGGACAAGCUUAUGGAGACUGUGAGGAAGGCAGGGACGUAUGCGGUCAUUGCACCUAAUAUGGGAAAGCAGCUAGUGGCUUUUCAGGCAGCAAUGGAGAUUAUGGCGGCAAACUUUCCGGGAGCGUUUGCUGGCUACACAAUGAAGGCAGUGGAGUCUCAUCAGAAGACAAAGGUGGACACGUCGGGUACUGCCAAGGCCAUUGUUGGAUCCUUUCAGCGACUGGGCCUCGAUUUCGCUGUGGAUGAGAUCGAGUUGGUGAGGGAUCCGAAAGAGCAAGUGGAGAGGAUGCAUGUUCCUGAAGAGUACUUGGACGGGCAUGCGUUUCACACAUAUCGGCUAGAAUCUCCAGACAAAUCGGUGGCAUUUGAAUUCCAGCACAAUGUCUGUGGGCGGAGCAUUUAUGCUGAAGGAACCGUUGAUGCUGUUCUGUUCUUAGCAAAAAAGAUUCAAGAGGGUGCAGAGAAGAAGCUCUAUAACAUGGUGGAAAUUCUGCAAGAGGGAAGCAUGCGCUAAGUGACCAUCUCAGCGACUAAGCGGGAGAGGUGGAGGCAAACGGGUUUUUAACCAUGCGCCUCAAUGAGCAGCUGCGGUAGAUGUGUAUUGGUGGCUUGGUCUAGCCACCAGUUUUGCUGAGUUUCAAGGAAUUGGUGUUUGCUGCCUCUGGCAGUGGUAGUCCUCCAGGUUUUGUGAGAUGGAAGGCUACUGACCUUUUUUUUUUGACGGCGGAGUGAAAUUUCGGUUGUCAAGGUGUGGACUGGUUUUGUCAG